AUUAAAGUAAUUGAAGAACUAUCAAAGCUAUAAAUAGCUGAAUCAGCCCAUGGAAGUAUUACGAGGAAUUGAAAAAAAAAACAUUUAAAACUUUGAUAAGCUUCGGUAAAAGGAAGAAACAGAUGGCGAAAGAAACAAACCGAGAAGCAAGAACACGUGAAGAAAACCAAGAUUCUCAAGCCCAAGCAGAUAUUUGGAAGUAUGUGUUCGGUUUCACAGAAAUGGCUGUCGUAAAAUGUGCCAUUGAGUUGGGAAUCGCUGAUUUCUUGGAAAGCAGUCAACAACCUGUUAGCUUAAACCAACUAUCUGUUGCACUUGGCUGCUGCUCCUCUUCCCUCUAUCGCGUCCUGAGGUUCUUGAUCAAUCGUGGAAUAUUUAAGGAGACAUCAACCGGAAAUGGCGAAAUCAGUUAUGUUCAAACACCCCUUUCCCGCCUUCUAAGAAAAGAAGGCGGAAAUAGCAUGGCUGCUUUCGUGCUAUUUGAAAGCAGCCCGGUGAUGCUAGCACCGUGGCAUAAUCUUAGUGCUCGUGUUUUGUCAAAGGAGAAUACAGUACCGGCAUUUGACGCAGCUCAUGGGAAGGAUGUUUGGAAGUUCGCAGAAACAGAUCCUGGGUACAACAACCUCUUAAAUAAAGCAAUGGCAUGUGAUGCGAGGGUGUCUGUAUCAGCAAUUAUCAAUGGUUGCCCAGAGAUAUUCAAAGGGAUCAGCUCAUUGGUGGAUGUUGGUGGAGGUGAUGGAACAGCUCUUAGAAUAUUGGUUGAGGCUUUUCCAUGGAUUAAAGGGAUUAACUUUGAUCUCCCUCAUGUUGCCUCUGUUGCUCCUCAUUCUAAUAGCGUUCAGCAUGUUGGAGGCGACAUGUUUGACUAUGUUCCUAAAGCUGAUGCGGCUUUCCUCAUGUGGGUAUUACAUGACUGGGGAGAUGAUGAAUGCAUACAAAUCUUAAGAAAGUGUGGAGAGGCAAUUCCAAAAGACACAGGAAAAGUGAUAAUUGUGGAGGCAGUGAUUGGAAAAGGAGAUGAAAGAAAAGAGGACGACAAGCUCAAGGAUGUGGGUUUGAUGUUGGAUAUGGUUAUGAUGGCUCACACAAGCAACGGAAAAGAAAGAACUGCCAAAGAAUGGGCCUACGUUCUGAGUGCAGCUGGAUUCAGUAGACACACUAUCAACCACAUUGAUGCUGUUCAAUCUGUUAUUCAGGCUUAUCUUUGAUUGUUCUGCUUUUCUCUUAUUAAAAACAGGGAAAACAAUAACUGCGCCCUUAGGGGUAGGGGGCCAACUUAUUCAUUCUCUUUAUUUCUAUUUAUUUGCCAUUUCAGUUAUUAAGAACGUUCAUGUGAAAUGGUUGCAGCGUGAUUUUAUUCAAAAACGUUAAAAACUCAGUAUGAAAA